UCUGCGAAUGGGAGCAUCACACAAGGAGGAGAGGAGCCACACGCAGACAGCAGACAGGCUCUCUCAUUUCCUUCUAUCGGCACGGAAACAAGGGAAACUCAGAGGAGGAAAUCUCAACUUUUACGCACGGAGACUGACUUUUACGCACAACUUCAAGAGCCUAAUUUGGAGAAGAGGCAGACCAAGAAACUUCAUUCGGAUUCAAGAGCCUCUCAAGGAUCUUACCAGACAACAGCGGGGCCCCUUUGUUACUCUGUAUUAAUCGAUAUAACGCAGGUAAGCUAAUCUGAUGGCACAGAACUUUGGAACAGAUCAGUCAGAUGGAGACUGUCAAGUUAACUUUGUAAAACAAAGCAUUUAGAAUUUACCUCCAACAACUGUUUUAUUUAACAAGUGAAACUUCAAGAAAACCAGUAACCAGUUAUGCCCCGUCCUGGGAAGAACUCUUACAGCGACCAGAAGCCUCCAUACUCCUACAUAUCAUUGACAGCGAUGGCUAUCCAGAACUCAGGCGACAAGAUGCUGCCUCUGAGUGACAUUUACAAGUUCAUCAUGGAUCGGUUCCCAUACUAUCGAGAGAAUACCCAGAGGUGGCAGAAUUCCCUGCGCCACAACCUCUCUUUCAACGACUGCUUUAUCAAGAUCCCACGGCGGCCUGACCAGCCAGGGAAAGGCAGCUUCUGGGCUCUGCAUCCGGACUGUGGUGACAUGUUCGAAAACGGCAGCUUCCUGAGGAGACGGAAGCGCUUCAAGGUGCUGCGUGCCGAGCAUAUGGCCUGCAAGAGCUCCCCGAUGAUGCAUUACUUCCACCAUCACCACCACCACCACCACCCGGGGAGCAAGUUGGGCACAGCAUCGGGCCACCACGACCACUCCGCGGCCCCGGCGAGCGUGGGUCGGCUGCCUCACUUCCAGGGUUACGGGGGCAUUGCUUGCGCGCAGCCCGGCGGGUUUAAACACCCGUUCGCCAUUGAGAACAUUAUAGGACGGGACUACAAGGGUGUGGUGGCCAGCGGGCUCCCUCUAACCUCGGUCAUGCACCACCUGGGUUAUCCGGUGCCCCCGCAGCUCAGCAGCGUGGUCAACUCCAUGUGGCCGCACGUCGGUAUGCUGUCGGAGUCCAUGGGUGGCGUGCCGGUGCCAGCAUCAUCCGAAUAUGCGCCCUUCAGUGUGUCAGCAAAAGGCCUGUACCACAACGCCAACGGGCAGACCCUGCCCGCCGUUCCCGUGCCAAUAAAACCCACCCCGUCCCUGGGUCCUGUCCCGGGUCUGACGGGGCUGCAGUCCGGCCCGGCACAGCUCUGCUCACCGCCCUCAGUGAUGGAGAAAAGCGAUCUGCUGGAGGGGAAAGGCAACCCUCUACACCCGGCCCUCCUUCUUUCUUAACUGGGUAAAUUACGGGUUAUUAUUAUUACUAAUUUUUUUUUGGAAAAGUAACACAAACAAGACAGACAUUGUAAUUACAUAAAACAAGACAGACCAGGCCUAUGAGAGACGUCACAUUUUAAGUUGCGUGCAGCUGUAGGAAGGCUGUAAAACCAAGGCUAAUAUUGUGCUGUGUAAUGAAUUUUUCAUUAGACCCAUGUUGAUUGAAAUCAUAAUUUAUUUGCACACUUUGUGAGGGCAUUUACCACAUACUGUAAUGUGGCACUGAUAAAUACAAUCAGACAAGAAGAAACGCUAAACCCAAAGAAAGUUUAAGAGGCAAACAGCCUGAAAUUCUUUCCAAAUACAAUCCAACAACUGUUAUUAUUUUUUGCUGUUAUUUUUUUAUUUUAAUCUAGUUUCAGGCCUAUCGACUAAAGACAAGUAGGCCUUCAUGUUAAUUUUUUAAUUAGGCCUGUUGCACUUUUUUGUGUGUUACUUAGCCGUGCAUUGAAAAUGUUAUGCUUGUAUUAUAACACUAUUUAUCUGAAGAUAUUUAUAAAGAACUUAAAACCGAA